AAUUUGCUACUCAAAAAGUAGUUUUUAAAACAAUAUAUGCAAAAAAGCAACGACAAUCUAAAGAAACUCGACUAAUACAAUCAGCAGAAAUGCGAAUUGGUGAGAUAGUUGGAGAAAUCAUAAGGAUAGAUACAACGCCUGAAGAAAUUAAAAGAGAUUUUUCUGAAGCAAGAUGUGAAGAGUUAUUUAAUAAAGAAUGGGAAAAGGUUGAAAAUGAUAAAAAAAAUUUUAUGCGCACAAUGAUAAUGGAAACGAAAGCGUUAGAAGAACAUGUAGUUAAAUAUUUCAAUCAGGCUAUAAAAACUGGACUUGCUAUAAGUAAUGAUGAGAACUGUUUAAAAGAAAGAUCCAAGUUUAACAGAAAAUUUUGGAAUAAACUCGUAACGCCUGAAACUUUAAACAAAUCGGAAUUUUUAGAUGAUUCUGACACGAAAUUUCAUGAUAAUAUUAAAAUAGUUAGAAAUAUUAUAUGUCAUCCUAGUAAUUUGGGAACCUAUAUUUGUCUAGAUUAUACAGAAAAGACUGUAUUUAAAAAGGAAGUUACAAAUAGGAUUAGAGCAGAAAUUGAAGACACUUGUAAACAAAUAUGUGAAGACCUUUUGUCUCGAAAUGCCCUUGCAAUUGAACCUAGUCAAGCCUUAGAGUGGCUUAAAAAAUUGUGCAAUAAUGUUUUUAUUGUGCAAACUAAUGAUUUCAAUCAAUUAAAAAACCCUUUCAAACAAUAUUUGCGUCUUAAGGUUUUUACCACAUUAGAGACCAAUGCUUGUAUUGCCCAAUCAGUCAAAGAAAUAAUAGUUCAUGAAGAUGUUUUUUCAAAAGUGUUCGAAAUUGAAUUGAAGAAUUGGAUGAGCAAAGAUAGAAAUCCUACCCGUUAUGCUUAUGAACAGAGUUUUGGUGCCUAUGAUGUUGAAAAAACUCCAGGAGAAAUAUUAAAACUAAUAGAGAAACUUAUUUAUAUUGUUUUAGAAAAACUUGGCGAAAACAUAUUAACUUUGAAACAACAUUUUUCGACAUCGUUGGAAAAAAAUUUAACUCUUGAAAAAAUUAUGAGUACAAUAGGGAUCAAUGAUGAAACCAAUGAUUUAAUAGAGUCAUCAUGGAUUGAUGAACUAGCAGAUCUAUAUAAAAAAUCAUUAACAGACCAACUAGAACGCUCUAAGCAAUCUUAUUGGAACAAAGUUCAAGGAUGUCGACAUAGAUGCCCGUAUUGUGGCUCAAAAUGUGAAAUAGCAGAACAUGAACCUAAUACAAAUCACAGAGCAUCAAUUCAUUUUAUGGUAUGUUUCAAUGGUGUUAGAAAUUUAAAAUCAAAUGAAGCAUGUUUAGAAAUAUGUAAUGAGCCCAAGAAUUUUGGUGACUUUUAUUUUGAUAAAAAUGGUGAAAAUGGUCUUAUAUUUAAAGAACAUACAAUAAAGUAUUAUCCAGAAUGGUGGCCACUUAUGGAGAGAAAACAGCCUGAUGAUGAUCAAAUAAAGCAAACCAGAGCUAUGUGGAUGCAUUUAAAGGAUGAUUUAUGUA